AUGGGUAAGUCAGCCCCUGGCAGACCAGCCGGUCAACUGUAUGCAUCGGUUCCGAUCGAAACCAUUCGGGAUCCGGGGAAAAGGCAUCAAUCGAAGCACAGAGAUAAACUGAACAUAAACAAACACGCGAAGAACACAGACACCCGCACGCAGCCAAACCCGAAGGGCCAGAGCCACGCGCGACGAGAUCCCCAACCCCCCGAGCCAGAGCCGCCGCCGCCGACCAGAUCCGCCGCCCCACCGGAGGCGGCCAACACGGCGGCCGCCAGGAUGCUGCCCGACGGCGGCGGCGACGACGAGGAGCGCUGGCUCGCUGAGGGCAUCGCCGGCGUCCAGCAGAACGCCUUCUACAUGCACCGCGCCCUCGACUCGAACAACCUCAAGGACGCGCUCAAGUACUCGGCGCAGAUGCUCUCGGAGCUGCGCACCUCCAGGCUCUCCCCGCACAAGUACUACGAGCUAUACAUGAGGGCGUUCGAUGAGAUGCGGAAGCUGGAGAUGUUCUUCAGGGAGGAGACCCGCCGGGGCAGCUGCUCCGUGGUUGACCUCUACGAGCUUGUUCAGCAUGCUGGCAACGUGUUGCCGAGACUUUAUCUGCUCUGCACAGUAGGAUCUGUGUACAUUAAAUCAAAAGAGGCUCCCGCUAAAGAUGUUCUGAAAGAUCUUGUUGAAAUGUGUCGGGGCAUUCAACAUCCUCUUCGUGGACUUUUCCUAAGAAGUUACCUCUCUCAGAUAAGCCGAGACAAGCUACCUGAUAUUGGUUCAGAGUAUGAAGGGGAUGCUGAUAGCAUUAAUGAUGCAGUUGAAUUUGUUCUUCAGAAUUUCAUAGAAAUGAACAAACUCUGGGUUCGGAUGCAGCAUCAGGGGCCUGUUCGGGAGAAGGACAAGCGGGGGAAGGAAAGAAAUGAACUGCGUGAUCUGGUAGGCAAAAACCUUCACGUUCUAAGCCAAAUCGAAGGUGUUGACCUUGAAAUGUACAAAGAGAAUGUUCUUCCAAGGAUAUCAGAACAGGUAGUUAAUUGUAAGGACGAUCUUGCACAGUUCUACCUGAUGGACUGCAUAAUCCAAGUCUUUCCAGACGAAUACCAUCUACAGACAUUGGAAACAUUGUUGAGCGCCUUCCCCCAGCUACAGCCAAGUGUUGAUAUCAAAACGGUGCUAUCUCAACUCAUGGACAGAUUGUCAAACUAUGCUGCCACAAGUCCUGAAGUACUGCCAGAGUUUUUGCAAGUUGAAGCUUUUGCGAAGUUCAGCAAUGCUAUUGGAAAGGUGAUAGAAGCUCAAGUUGACAUGCCGGUUGUUGGAGCAGUAACUUUGUAUGUAUCACUCCUCACAUUUACUCUCCGUGUGCAUCCAGAUCGGCUUGAUUAUGUUGACCAAGUGCUGGGUGCAUGCGUGAAGAAACUUUCUGGCAAGGAAAAACUUGAAGAUAGCAGAGCAACGAAGCAAAUUGUUGCACUUCUUAGUGCUCCCCUGGAGAAAUAUAGUAAUAUUGUUACUGCAUUGGAGCUUUCAAAUUAUCCCCGGGUAAUGGAUUAUCUGGAUAAUGCUACAACAAAAGUGAUGGCUCUGGUAAUAAUUCAAAGCAUAAUGAAGAACACAACCUGCAUAUCUACUUCCGACAAGAUCGAGGCUCUUUUUGAUUUAAUUAAGGGCCUUAUAAAAGAUAUGGAUGGGGCUCAAGAUGAUGAGCUUGAUGAAGAGGAUUUUAAGGAGGAGCAGAAUUCUGUAGCACGCCUUAUUCACAUGUUGCACAAUGAUGAUCACGAUGAGAUGUUGAAGAUCUUAUGUACUGUUCAGAAGCAUAUACUUCAGGGAGGUCCCAAGCGUCUACCUUUCACUGUGCCGUCGUUAGUAUUCUCCGCUCUCAAGUUGGUCAGACGAUUACAAGGUCAAGAUGGAGAUGUCACUGGGGAGGAAGUUCCAGCAACUCCUAAGAAGAUAUUUCAGAUCUUGCAUCAGACUAUUGAAGCACUCCAAUGUAUUCCUUGUCCAGAAUUGUCUCUCAGAUUAUAUCUACAAUGCGCAGAGGCUGCCAAUGAUUGUGAUUUGGAACCGGUUGCUUAUGAGUUCUUUACUCAAGCAUUCAUCUUAUAUGAAGAAGAAAUAGCGGAUUCUAAGGCUCAAAUUACUGCACUUCACCUAAUAAUUGGAACCCUUCAGCGGAUGAAUAUAUUUGGGGUGGAAAAUAGAGACACCCUCACUCAUAAGACAACAGGGUACUCAGCAAAACUUCUAAAGAAGCCUGAUCAAUGCCGGGCAGUCUAUGCAUGUUCACACCUUUUCUGGACUGAUGACCAAGAUGGAAUCAUGGAUGGUGAAAGGGUCCUCCUUUGCUUAAAGCGUGCCUUGAGAAUUGCAAAUGCUGCUCAACAAAUGGCCAAUGUAUCAAAGGGAAGCAGCGGAUCUGUCAUUCUAUUCAUUGAAAUUUUGAACAAGUAUCUGUACUUCUUUGAGAAAGGAAUUCCACAAAUCACGAACACUGUCAUCCAAGAUUUGAUCGAACUGAUCAGGACAGAGAAGCAAAAUGACAGCAGUGCUUCUGAUCCAUCUGCCGAAGCUUUCUUUGCAAGCACUCUACGAUACAUCGAAUUCCAGAAGCAGAAAGGUGGAAGCAUAGGAGAAAAGUAUGAACAGAUAAAAGCUUCGUAA